AUGAAUGCUAUCAAUCAUUCAAAUCAAGAGAUGAAGAAAGAGUUUGAGGUACGAGAUAAAUCCCAUAAGGCGUUGGAGAAGCAAGUGGGGCAACUUGCUCAAGCGAUGGCUCAAAUUCGUGGAAGUGGAGGAGGACUUCCAAGCGACACCACGGCUAAGGACAAGGGUGUGGAGGGUAAUACCGCCCCUUUUCCCGAAGCUCUUUUGGGACCAUCUAAGAAAGUGGUAAACAAAAGAGGCCCACAUCAAGAGGAGAUGUGGAAAAUUUUUAAACAAGUUAAAAUUAACUUACCACUCUUAGAUGCUAUCAAACAAAUUCCUUCAUAUGCGAAAUACUUGAAAGAUUUAUGUACCCAAAAGAGAACUCACAAAUUUCCUAAAAAACUUGAUUUAACCGAAAAUGUGAAUGGAAUGAACCCUUCUCGCGACACACAAAGAAGACUAAAUCCGAAUAUGCGAGAAGUGGUAAAGAAGGAAGUUUUGAAGUGGCUAGAUGCGGGUAUUGUAUACCCUAUUUCGGAUAGCCAAUGGGUGAGCCCGACGCAAACAGUUCCAAAAAAGGCGGGUAUUCAAGUCGUCACAAACGACGCAGGUGAAGAGGUCGCCACUCGGCCGGUAACCGGGUGGCGUAUUUGUAUUGACUAUAGGAAGUUGAAUGCCGCAACUUCCGAAGACCAUUUCCCUUUGCCAUUUAUUGACCAAAUAGUUGAGAAAUUGGCCGGACAAAAAUUUUAUUGUUUUCUGGAUGGUUAUUCCGGAUACAAUCAAAUUGCUAUACAUCCGGAAGACCAAGCAAAGACUACUUUUACUUGUCCAUAUGGUACCUUCGCAUUUAGGCGAAUGCCGUUUGGACUUUGUAAUGCCCCCGCCACCUUUCAAAGGUGUAUGAUGAGUAUCUUUUCAGAUAUGGUGGGGGAGUCUUUGGAAAUCUUCAUGGAUGAUUUCUCAAUAUUUGGGUCAUCAUUUGAUACAUGCCUUGACCAACUCGAAAAAGUUUUGAAAAGAUGUGUUGAGAAAAAUCUUGUUUUGAGUUGGGAAAAGAGCCAUUUCAUGGUUCAAGAAGGGAUUGUGUUGGGGCAUGUAGUGUCGAGUCGUGGGAUAGAGGUUGAUCGUGCAAAGGUGCAAGUUAUUUCUACCUUACCUUAUCCCACGAAUGUUAAGGGUAUUAGAUCGUUUUUGGGUCACGCGGGGUUUUAUAGAAGAUUUAUAAAAGGGUUUAGUGAUAUAACCAAACCCCUAUGUAAAUUAUUACUAAAAGACCAACCGUUUGAAUUUAACCAAGAUUGUCAAAAUGCCUUUAAUGUGUUGAAACAAAAGUUGGUUGAGGCCCCAAUCUUGCAAUCACCGAAUUGGUCGUUACCAUUCGAAAUUAUGUGUGAUGCAAGUGAUUAUGCGGUGGGGGCCGUGUUGGGUCAAAGGGUAGACAAGAAACCGGUGGCAAUUUACUACGCAAGUAAGACUCUCUCGGAUGCACAAUUGAAUUACACAACCACCGAGAAAGAGCUACUUGCGGUGGUAUAUGCGUUGGAUAAGUUCCGUGCUUAUGUAUGGGGUACUAAGGUCAUUGUUUAUUCUGACCAUUCUGCAGUUAGGUAUCUCAUGGACAAGAAGGAUGCGAAGCCGAGGCUAAUCCGAUGGGUUCUCUUGCUACAAGAGUUUGACCUAGAGAUUCGAGAUAAGAAAGGGAGCGAGAAUGUGGUCGCGGACCAUUUGUCUCGAUUGAGUGUAGAGGAUUCUUCCCGUGAAGAAAUUAAUGAGACUUUUCCAGAUGAGCAAAUCUUAAAAGUUGGAAUAUUACCAUGGUAUGCUAAUAUUGUCAACUAUUUGGUUACAGGUGACUUGCCGGCUCAUUGGGAUAGAAGGAAGAGGUUGCACUUCCUGUCUCAAAUCAAGUAUUACACGUUGGAAGAACCGGACCUAUUCAAGAUUUGUCCGGAUCAAGUCGUUCGAAGAUGCAUACCCGACGAGGAAACAAGCGGUCAAGUUGAGGUUUCCAAUAGGCAAAUAAAAGAAAUUUUGCAAAAGCCCGUUCGACCCGACCGAAAGGAUUGGUCAACGAAGUUGAAUGAUGCUUUAUGGGCUUAUAGAACGGCUCAUAAAACACCUAUUGGAACCACUCCUUAUCGCUUAGUUUAUGGGCGAAAUUGUCACUUGCCGGUUGAGCUUGUGCAUCGUGCUUGGUGGGCUAUAAAAGAGGUUAACAUGAAAUAUGACGAUGCAGGAAAGGAGCGAAAGUUAAAGCUUUGCGAGUUGGAGGAGCUUAGGGAAGAAGCGUACGAGUGUGCCUCAAAGUACAAGGAUGACAUGAAGAGGGCACAUGAUGCGAAGUUGAAGCCAAAGGAGUUUGAAGUGGGUCAAAAGGUUUGGCUCUACAAUUCGAGGCUUAAAUACUUCCCGGGAAAGCUCAAGAGCAAGUGGAUGGGCCCGUAUUGGGAGCAACCGAGCACUGUUGCAGAAAAUGAUGCAAGAUUAUACCGACAAGAUUGGGAAUGGGCAAAGUUCAGGGAUAGUCAAAAUGCCAGAAUUUGGGAUGACGAGAAGAACAAACAGUUGUCGAGCUACCAAGAUAGAAAGUUGGAAGCUAAGUUGUGGAAAUGGAAGAUGACAAACGGGGUGAACACGCCGGUUCCAACAAGAGUGAUAUGUGAACGGACCGUGAAUGUAGAAGAAUUCUGGAAAAUCGGAAUUGUACAAAUGUUUGAGAGGUUGGGAUGGGAGAGCGUUUUGGAUUGGUGCGAAGACAAUACUCACCGGAUUUACUUGUCGGAAGUAUGUGAGUGGUUGUCCACGUUGAAGCUUGUAAACAAGAAUGAAUCCCCUUCGCAAUGGAAGUUAGUGGGGAAGACAUCUCGAGGAAACAUGACGAUGUCUUUCGAAACUAUGAAUCGUAUUGCUGGGUUUGAUUCUUUGGGGGUACAAGCCUAUGAUUACCCAUCCAUUGAGAAUUUUUUGGAUAAUCAUUUGAACAUCAACGAUAUGGAUCAAUUGAUAGAUGUUAUUUUGCCAACCCACCCAGGGGGUGACAUGAAACGGAAGCAUAUGUCGCUCGAGGGAAAGAUCCUUCAAGGGAUCUCGGUUGAGAACAUUUUAGCAAGAUUUGGUGAUCAUGGGGGUGUGAGAGUAAGUGAUUGCAGGGUGGUGCAUGCCUUAUUGUAUGGGACCCCGACACUGUCGUGGAGGCACAUAGUCAUGAUGAACACAUGGGCUACCAGGGAGUCGUCUCAGAGGCGGUUUAUUCCGUAUGCACGCCUCAUUAGUGCCAUGCUUGUGCAGCAGAAUUGCUUACCCUCGGAAGCAUUAUGGGCCUCUAAGCCAGUGGAGGAAUUUACUUGGGGUUACAUGAAGAAAAAUUGGAGGAUAGAGGUAAAGUUUUCGGGAAAUAGGUAUGUGGUGACCGAUGAUUUGGGGAACAAGUUUGAGGUUCGUACUUCCGGGGCACCACCCGUGCAGGAAGAAGAUGUGGAGAUGGAGGAAGAAGAGGAGGAAGCUGAACCCUCCGAUGCACAAAGACCAAGGCAACGUUACAUGCGGCCACAUAGGGAGAUCAACGCUGAGGUGGCAGGUUUUGUGACCCGACGACGGGUGCCCUCCUACAAAAACUUUGACAGGGGGCAACAGGAGAUAUAUGAUAAUGUCUCCGCGUGUAUAGGAGAAGGUCGGGAAUACAAUCAAAGGAGAGAAGCUUGGCAAGGGUCUUACGGAGCUUCAAUGCAAGAAUACUGGGACGCUCAAGGAGCCCAACGUGAAAGAAUGAAUAAGUUCAUGGAAGAGCAAGAACUGUUCCAAGCCAUGCAAAGAUCACAUAUGGAACAGUUAGCAAAGCAACAGGAGGAUGAAGCAGCCCGAAGGCGGGCAUCUUUGUUGCAUCAGCUUCCUCAUCAACCUCGAAAGCUGGAAUUUCUUUGA